UAGCCCCUCUCCCAAUCCCUCCACUUUUCUUUCUCUCUCUCUCAAAUUGAGUCUCUUUUUCUCUUUCUUUCUCUAAUUAUAGGGUUGUCUCUGUUUUUGGUGGGUUUAUCAGAAGUUUUUAGCUGAUAAAUCAUACCAACAUUGCCAAUUCUCUUUUGAGUAUAGAAAACUAGUGGAAAAACAAAAAUGGAUUUCUCUUCGUGUUAAAUACCAUUUUGUACUAUACUCAAAAUUUUCUUGUAAAACAGAUCUCUCUAACUCUGUUUUCGUUAUACACUCUGUUUUUUUUCCUAGUGUUUUUGUUAAAAUGGAGAAGUUUGUGAGACUCAUUUCCAUGGCUCCUCUGCUUCUGCUGCUCUGCAUUCCUUCUGCUCUUGCCGGCCAUGACUAUGGUCAAGCUCUGAGCAAGAGCAUUCUCUUCUUUGAAGCUCAGAGAUCUGGGUAUCUUCCACACAACCAGAGAGUCACAUGGAGAGCUAAUUCCGGCUUGCAAGACGGAAAAGCUAGUGGGGUUGAUCUGGUAGGAGGGUAUUAUGAUGCAGGGGACAAUGUGAAGUUCGGACUUCCAAUGGCGUUCACAGUGACAAUGAUGUCAUGGAGUAUAAUAGAGUAUGGAAAGCAAAUGGCUGCAAGUGGUGAGCUUAGCUACGCCAUGGAUGCUGUGAAGUGGGGCAGUGACUACUUCAUUAAGGCCCACCCAGAACCUAAUGUUCUCUAUGGAGAGGUGGGUGAUGGAAACACUGACCAUUACUGCUGGCAAAGGCCAGAGGAUAUGACCACCGACCGUCACGCUUACAAGAUCGACCCGAGCAAUCCCGGGUCGGAUCUUGCAGGAGAAACCGCCGCUGCGAUGGCCGCAGCUUCCAUAGUUUUCCGGCGCUCCAAUCCAGCUUAUGCCAGUGAGCUCCUCCGCCACGCCCACCAGCUGUUCGAUUUGGCAGACAAGUACAGGGGCAAAUACGACAGUAGCAUUACUGUGGUACAGAAAUACUACCGCUCCAUCAGUGGGUAUAAUGAUGAGUUGCUAUGGGCCGCUGCAUGGUUGUACCAUGCCACAAACAAUCAGUACUACUUGAGUUACCUUGGUAACAAUGGAGACUCCAUGGGUGGAACUGGUUGGAGCAUGACCGAGUUUGGUUGGGAUGUCAAGUAUGCCGGGGUCCAGACCCUUGUAUCCAAGUUCCUGAUGCAAGGAAAGGCAGGUAGGUAUGCUCCCGUGUUUGAGAGGUUCCAGCAGAAGGCAGAGAACUUCAUGUGCUCAUGCAUUGGAAAAAGCACACGCAAUGUUCAGAAGACACCCGGUGGUCUAAUUUUCCGUCAGAGAUGGAACAACAUGCAGUUCGUCACAAGUGCCUCCUUCCUAACCACUGUCUACUCUGACUAUCUCUCAUCCUCUGGCAAACAUUUGAAGUGUGCUUCUGGUUAUGUCCCACAAUCCGAGCUUCUAAAUUUUGCUAAAUCUCAGGUUGAUUACAUUUUGGGAGACAAUCCUAGAGCAACAAGUUACAUGGUUGGUUAUGGAAACAACUAUCCAAGACAAGUUCACCACAGGGGUUCUUCAAUUGUUUCCUAUAAGGUUAAUCCUUCAUUUGUCAGCUGCCGGGGAGGCUAUGCUACUUGGUUUAGCCGGAAAGGAAGUGAUCCGAAUCUCCUUGCCGGUGCCGUGGUUGGUGGUCCUGAUGCAUAUGACAACUUUGCUGACGAAAGGGAUAACUAUGAGCAGACUGAGCCUGCUACCUACAACAAUGCUCCCCUGCUUGGCAUAUUGGCACGUCUAAGUGGUGGUCAUGGCGGAUACAAUCAGCUUCUUCCAGAGGUUGUUCCUGCACCUAAACCUGUUACCCAACCAACACCUGCUCCAAAACCCAAGGUUACUCCAGCAGCUCCAGGCUCAUCUUCUGUUGCAAUUGCUAUAGAUCAGAAGAUGACAAACUCAUGGAAUGCCGAGAGAAAAACUUACUACAGAUAUUCCGUAAUAGUGACUAACAAGUCUGAGAAGACAAUUAAGGAUUUCAAGCUUUCCAUAACCAAGCUCUAUGGACCUCUAUGGGGCCUCAACAAAAAUGGUGAUUCGUAUUGCUUCCCAUCAUGGAUCACAUCUUUAUCUGCCGGAAAAAGCCUCGAGUUUGUCUACAUCCAUUCUAGUACUCCAGCUGAGGUCUCAGUCUCAAGCUACUCUUUAGUAUGAAAAAGGUAAAAAAUGCACUUACACAAAUGGAAAGAGGUUCGCACAGUUUCUGGGGUUCUGUUGUAAGAAUUGUGCAGCUAUACAAAUGCAGUCCGCUAAAGGCAUUUUAUUUUUAUUUUCUUUUUUACUUUUCAACCCUUUUUUUAUUUUAUCUUUUACUUGUGAUUUGGGAUCUGAGUAGUAGGCUUUUAGAUGAAGAGUAGGUUAAAUAAGUUAAAAGAAGGAGGUUGGAGAAGAAAGGAGUGAAGAGACAGUUUAAAAGAAGUGCUCAUCCUCUUUCUCCUCCCCUUCACCAUUAUAUAGAUAGAUUUGAGAGUAAACAAAAGUGAGGAUUGAGAAGUGAAAAUGACUUCUCAACUUAUUUCGAUGGAAGUCUUUGUUUCUUGUACUUCAAAAGAGCUUUGGAUGUCUUCUUUUUCCUUUUUGUGUUGUGAUGUAAGCUUUGCAACAUUUGUUGUUUCCCAUAUGAAUGAAUACAACUUGUGCAAUAACAUUAUAUGCUUA